CUAGUGAACUGCUGCUGCUGCUGCUAAGCAACCGAACUUUACACAAGCAAAGUCACCCAUUUGUUGACGCUUGCGAGGAUGUACUCUGAAUUUUUUUGCUUUUAACAAAUGAGGGACUUUGAGGCCAGUGUGGAUGGAGCUCACUGUUUCAGGGUGCUGUGUUCACACCCAUGCUGCUGGGACACCGAGCGCCGCUGCACCAGAGGAAUCAAACGCCACGCUCCAGCACGCGUGAGGAAACACACUCUAAACGAUGAGGACUUUCCAUCACUGAGUAUUGUUAAUGUCUCUGAAUGGGCUGGACGGGGGAGGCCGAUUAAAGAAAGGCCACUGUACAGUGCUGACACAGAGGCGUCUUUGAAUGAUGUCUCUUGUGUUUCUCUCACCAAACAGACAAAAGACACUCAGAAGAUUAAGAGGGCAAAUCCUUCCUUCCCAGAUGCCGUGUUGCCUACUUCCAGAAUGCACAACAAUAUGGUCAAGUUAAAUACAGUUCACGUCAGUCCUUUGAUGAGCUGCUCUGAGUUGCCGCAGUGUCCAGUGGUCAUGUGGAUUCCCAACCCGCACCAUGAGCCUCAGUGGCUCCACCAAAACAAGUCUAAAUCUCCAAACAUUGCUAUAAAAGAGUUAGUCUGCCUUCCAUCUUGUCAAAAGCCCAAGCCAUCCAUAGUGGCUAACCUGCGAAAGAAGUCUAAUGGUUGUAGAAGGAGAGGGGAGAAAGGUAUCAACUCUACACUAGAGGGCGCUGGCAGCCCACGGUGGGUUGGCAUUGGCUUUAAUCCUAUUCCCAAAACCACCCCACGUCACCUCUGUCGCAGCCUACUGUUCAAAGAUAGUGGGUGUGGAUCACUGGAUCAAAAACUGCCAAGCCUGACCACACCACACCCAAACCCAAACCCAAACCCAAACCCAAACCCAAACCAGAGCAGUAGUGUCAGUAGAGCCUUAAGCAUGAGUUUAGGAUCAGUAAAGUGCUGGAGAGGAUCUCAUACUCACGCCACACCAAGAUGACAAAGGUUUUUAACUGUAAAUGGAAAGUCUGUUCCAUAAGUAGUCAGUUGUGUCCAAUGAUUCAGUACACUUUUUCUUUACAGUCUAUUCCUAUUUUAUGGACUAACUUCAACAAAUAAUUAAAAUGUAGCAUACAUGGUUUGUUUUUCACUGCCUGAAUAGUUAAUUUAUUCACGAAUGUGCAUUAUGAAAAUAAACAGCAGGUGGCAGAGUGAUUCAGAUCCUAACUUGCAAAGUGACUAAGUCAAAUUUAGAGUUUGGUUGGUAUGUGCUAUAUGAAUAGAACCACAAUCAAUUAUG